AUGAAUUUUGUUGGAUGUAAAUUAACUUUUAAUCAAAUAAAUAUAGAUGGAAUCAUAAUAUCAUCUAUCAUCAAAAUUAUGGAUUCAAAAUAAAUCAAAAUCACGAAUUCCAUAUUCACAAAUAUUUAAAUAUUUUAUCCCUUAAAUUUAGUGGAUGUCGAGUAAAUUAAUGACAUGUAAUCAAAGAUACAUUUUUAUAAUAUUACGAUAUAAAAUCUUCUUGAUUUUAAAUUCAGUAAACUAAAUUAAUACUAAUUGAAUUAUAAUUAUAUUCAUCUUGACACUUUCUAAUGCAGUUUAAAAAUUUAUUAAUUAAAAAAUCAGAUUGAUUAACAAGAUUUGGGAUCAACCUUUUUCGAGGAAGUUGUUUCAAAUUCGAAUUAGAAUGGAUCUUUGAUUAAAUUGAAAAGCGACACUAAUCAAACUCAAGUUUUAUUUACUAAAAUUAUGUUAUUAAAUAAUGAUUGCUAAAAUUGUUGGAAUGGCUUACUAUAUUUUGAAUUAAUUGAUUUCUAAAAAGUUUUAAUCUCAGAACUAUCAUGCAUUAUGAAUAACAUCAAAAAUUUUGGUUGUGUAAUGGCAAAUUCAGAUAAAAAGAUAGACGGUAUAAUAUAAAUUGAUAAUUCAAUCUUCAUUUCUAAUAUGGGGCAGUUAGGAACAGGAAUUUUUAUCAAAAAUUAACAAUUUUUAUUAAAAAAUUCCAUUAUUUUAAAUAAUACAGCAUCAUAAAUAGGAGGUGGCUUCUUUUUUUCAGAGGGUUCUUAAAGAUUUACUAUAAAUACUUCUUUAAUUUGUAAUAAUUAAGCAGCAGAGGCAGGAGGGAUAUAUUUAUUUGGGAAUAGCAGUUUAACUAAAAAUAACUUUAUUAAUUCUCUUAUCUUAUUAAAUUUUGCUGCCUCAUCUUCAAAUAACCUUAAUGAAUUACCUUAACACUUGAGUUUGUAAAUUAACCUAAUAGAAAUGUUCUCACAAUAACAAUUAAUUGAAAAUCAUUCAAAUUAGAUACUAUAUUUAAAACCUUACAAAAUUAUAUCCUAAGAUCAUACUAAAUCAACGAAUGUCUUAUUUAUUCCUAGUGGUUAAUAGAUAUAAAGUUAUGAGCUUUAUAAUCCAAAGUAGUAAAAAUAUUCAACUUAUAUAUAUGAUAUACACAUUCUGUUUAAAAAUAGUAUGAAUGAAUUAUUGAUCAACUUUGAAAAUUCAACUUGCAUUAUAGAAUAAUAAAUAUAUGAUAAUGCUGAAAAAUUAAUUGAAUCUAUUAAAAUAUCCAAAAUAACUUUUAAUUAAGAUACUAAGGGUUUUGACCUUGGUCCAUUAUUAUUUUACAUAGAUCCGUAUAAGCAGGAAAAUAAAAUUUAAGAAAUUUUAGCCUAUUGCAAUACUUCAUAUUAGGAUGAUUAAUUAACUUAUAGAAUGAGAGUCAAUAGUUUCAUGUGCUAAUUAGGGGAAUUCUAUAUUUAUUCUGGAUGUUAAAUAUGCCAGCCAUUAGAGGGAUUCUAUUCUGUAACUUAUAACACUACAAAAUGCUCUAUUUUUGAUAAAAAUAAAUUUGAUGCUAUUACUUCUAACAAAAUUUAACUUAAAGCUGGGUUUUGGCGGCCAAACUAAAUUUCAGAUAAUAUAGAAUUAUGCUUUAAAAAUCCCACUUACUGCGAAGGAGGAUGGACUUUUGGAAAUGAUCUUUGUUCUUAGGGACAUGUUGGAGGAUUGUGCGAAGAAUGUGAUAGAUAUGAUAUAAGAGGAGCGGGAUCAUACUUUAAAGAUUAGAAGUAAUAAGAAUGUAAAUAGUGUUAAGAA